AUGAAGUGGCUACUGUUCUUUGGGGCCCUGAUUGGGGCAGGCAUCUGCGGCCGAGAUAAAUUCUUUGGGUCCUUCAGCCCACAUCCCUCUCCAGCAGCUCCUCCGACUAGACCAUUUCCUCUCAUCCUAUCCAGCUCUGUCUGGGAUGGUGGGUUUGGGGGUCUACUUGCCAGCAGAAAGCUCACCAUUAUCUUCUUCUCCCUCCCCUUCUCCAGGGACCAAGUUUUUAGGAUUAAUGUCAGAAAUGGAGACGAGAUCAGAAAACUGACUGAGCUAGUGAAUUCUGACCACUUAAAGCUCAGUGUCUGGAAAUCUCCCUCCACUUUUGAUCGGCCCGUGGAUAUUCUCGUCCCUUCUGUCAGCUUGCUCCCAGUCAAGUCCUUCCUGAAGUCCCAGGGUUUAGACUACUCCGUGACAAUUGAGGACCUCCAGGCCCUUUUAGAUAACGAAGAUGAAGAAAUGCAGCACAAUGAAGGGAUAGAGCGGAGUGGUGACUUCAACUACGGAGCUUACCAUCCCCUGGAGGCUAUUUACCACGAGAUGGACAGUAUUGCCACAGACUUUCCUGAGCUGGUGAGCAGAGUGAAGAUUGGAGAGACAUUUGAAAAGCGGCCCAUGUAUGUUCUAAAGUUCAGCACGGGAGGAGGCAAGAAGCGGCCAGCCAUUUGGUUGAAUGCAGGCAUCCAUGCCCGUGAGUGGAUCUCACAGGCCACAGCCAUCUGGACAGCGAGGAAGAUUGUAACUGAUUAUAAAAAGGACCCGGCUAUCACCUCCAUCUUGAAGAAAGUGGAUAUUUUCUUGUUGCCCGUGGCCAAUCCUGAUGGAUAUGUGUACACGCAAAGCCAGAACCGAUUAUGGAGAAAGACGCGGUCCCGGAACCCAGGAAGCCGCUGUGUUGGAGCCGAUCCAAACAGAAACUGGAAUGCUAGUUUUGCAGGAGAGGGGACCAGUGAUAACCCUUGCUCUGAAGUGUACCAUGGCUCCCACCCCAAUUCUGAAGUGGAGGUGAAAUCGGUGGUGGAUUUCAUUCAAAAGCAUGGGAACUUCAAAUGCUUCAUUGACCUGCAUAGCUACUCACAGCUGCUGAUGUAUCCCUAUGGGUACACAGUCAAGAAGGCCCCGGAUGCUGAGGAGCUGGACGAUGUGGCGAGGAAUGCAGCCCAAGCCCUGGCUUCUCUCUCGGGCACUAAGUACCGAGUGGGCCCAACUUGCACCACCGUCUAUCCAGCUAGUGGGAGCAGCGUUGACUGGGCAUACGACAAUGGCAUCAAGUAUGCUUUCACAUUUGAGCUGAGAGACACUGGGUACUACGGCUUCCUCUUGCCAGCCAGCCAGAUCAUCCCCACCGCGGAGGAGACCUGGCUAGGGCUGAAGACCAUCAUGGAACAUGUUCGGGACCACCUCUACUAGUCAAAGAACACUUACAUUUUACCUCUAAGCCACCACUUAGUUUAACAUCACUUCUUCACGGAUAGGUCGGAGCCUUCUGAGUCGGCAGAGAACUCAGCUGCCUCCUCUUCAGCAUCGCUUCACAGAGAUCACACCUCCUGGUAGUGAGCACGUGAGGGACACUUCUUCCGUGGAGUGGUCGGUCCCGCUGCUCUACUGACCUUUGGUGUAUAUACCUCUCUAUUCACGCAGCUGGUUAGGCGGGCCACAGAGGUCAUGACUUCCUGGUGGCCUAUGGCUACCUCACCUUUAGAACUUUGAUGGUCCUCUAGUCUUUACCUGUAGCCUUGGGUAGGGCACCAUGGGAGGUGCCAGGGGAGACAGUGCCUGUCUUCAGAACUCUGUAAUUUCUCCUUCAAACAUGUUCUCUCUUUUUAUUUAUUUAUUUUUUCUUUUAGACAGGGUCUUACUAUUUUGCCCAUGCUAGCCUGAAGCUCCUGGGGUCAAACUGUACCCUUCCCCGCCUCCUCCUUGCCCCAUCUUCCCAGUAGUGGUAUGCAGCUCAGGAACACACUUUUCUUUGAGGAAACAAAUCCUAUUAGACCAUCAUCAUUGCUCUUUCUAGCUGCGUAUUCUUCCUAUUCCUCCUCCUCCUCCUCCUCAUCAUCAUCAUCAUGGAGACAGGAUCUCUUUAUGUAGCCAUGACUGUCCUGGAGCUUGCUAUAUAGACCAAGCUGGCCUUGAACUUACAGAGAUCUGCCUGGCUCUGCCUUCAGCAUACAUUAAAGAUGUAUUAUCACCAUACCUGGCUCAUCUUAAUUCUUUUCUGUUGGCUCGAGCACACAGUCAAGCUCUUGUCCAUUACAAGGCUCAGUGUUCAGGUGAUGCCCUUUGCUUUUUAAACCGUCUUUUCUUUAUAUGUGGUGUUACUGGGAUCCUCUAAGAGGGUCAGUUAGUUAUGUUGUAGGCAAGGCUCUCAGGGGUCAUGGGGAAACGGGGCUAGAUUGCAGGGACAGAUUAGCACCAUCUGUCCUCUUGGCCUCACCACCACUCUGCCUUUUGAACUCACUUCAAAGAUUUUGACCUCACCCCACAGGUCCUAAAUCAUCCCUAGAGCCUGGAUAAUCUCAGGGCCUCAGCACACUCCAGCUCCGGCUCUGGUGUGCCCUGCGUUUCAGGCUCCUGGUUUCUGUCCUCCUGUGUUUAAUGUUACUUUCUAUUUUGCAUCCUGAACCCUGAGUACCUACCUGAAACAAGACUUCGUCAACAGCUAGACACUUCCUGUUCUCUCCUUAGCACAUACUGUCUGCCCUGUUUGUGUUGUGGUUUUUGUGUUUUUGUUUUCUUGUGGGUAUUUUUUUUUUUCUUUUUCUGUUUUCAAUCAUGUCUAUAAAUCUUAACCUUCUGCCUAGGAUUUGGGCAGCAUCUGGUGUGUCCUCAUAAGCCAAUAAAUAUUCAAUAUGGGUCUCCUA